AUGCAAACACUAGUAUUUGAGGGGUUGUGUGAAAAUAAUUUUUCUCUUGCUGAACCACAAAGACAUAGACUGAAASAGCUUCUUUUGGACAUACUGGCUUUUCUUUCUAUCUUCUUUCUUGUGGAUAUUAUGGCUAAUAACACAAGUUUAGGAAGUCCAUGGCCAGAAAACUUUUGGGAGGACCUUCUAAUGUCCUUCACGGUAUCCAUGGCGAUCGGGCUGGUGAUUGGAGGAUUUAUUUGGGCAUUGUUGGUUUGUCUGUCUCGAAGAAGAGCCAGCGCUCCCAUCUCACAGUGGAGCUCCAGCCGGAGGUCCAGGUCCUCGCACACCCAGAGCCUCAACAGAAGUGGGUUCUACCGCCACAGCGGCUGCGAGCGCAGAAGCAACCUCAGCCUGGCCAGCCUCACUUUCCAGCGACAAGCGUCCCUGGAGCUAGCAAAUUCCUUCCCGAGAAAACCGAGUUUCAGAGCUUCCACCUUCCAUCCGUUUCUGCAGUGUCCACCGCUUCCCGUACAAACUGAGAGUCAGUUGAUGACCCUGCCUUCUUCCAGCACAUCCGCCUCUGUCAACGCCUCCCAACCUCUGAGCCGGCCGGACUUCCACUGGUCCAGCGACAGCCUCCGGGUGGGCUUCUCAAUCCCGCCACCACCUGCCUAUGAUUCCAUCAUUAAGGCAUUUCCAGAUUCCUGAGCACAAAACGGCAGAACAUUGGAGACUCUGAAGUUCCUUGAUUCCAUGCGUUUAUAAGUGAGAGAAGCAAACAAAGAAAGCCGACCUCUGUUGCUGUUGCCAGAUGCUCCAAUUCUGACACGCAUUUUUCCAAGAUGGACUCUUAUGGUGCUUAUCUCCUCAAUCAUUAUCAUAUUAUUGAAGCAAAAAUCCUUGAAUUUUCUAGUAUGAGGAUAUAACUUCUUCACCACUGAAGUGAUGUUGUUAGAAAAGGAACACCACACAUUCAAUUAAUUAUUCUACCUAAAAGCAAACUGGUUUUGGCCUUGAGCUCACAUUUAUCUUAAGGGAUUAAUUUUCUUUCUUAGACUUGGUUCUAGCAACUGGAAAAGCACUUUAUCUAGGGAUCUUCUCUUGUAACUUUGCAGACAAAUAAGGAUGAGUAACUGGGGAGAUAAUCUGUUAUCAAAAGAAAAGCUUCAAUCAUGGAAAAUUAUUCUUCCUGGACUGGUUCUCAGCCAUUAGGAAUCAUCUCCUGUCUGUUUCUCUAUGAAUUUCAAUACAAGUUUCUCUGAAGAGUCUUUGUGGAAUGGUUAAACCAUGCCAUGUGGUUGCUGGUGCAGACAGUUAUUUAAGAGGACCCUGUCUGCAGGGGUUCACCUGUGUCCAAGAGGGGACAUCCUUAAACGUGGGUACCAGAGAGCAUCAGUGGCCCCAUGUCAGGGGCUGCCCUUUGAAUUUAAUAACAGAAAUUCACUGGAGUAUCAUUCAAAAGCUUGUGGUUCACUUUUGAAUAAGAAAGUAUUUAGUGUAUGUUGCUCUUUGUUUCUCUAAAUAUUGGGAUUUUUUAGUGAAGAAAAUGUACUCUCAUUUUAGCUUCUGCAGCACAGUGGUCACAGCUAAUAGUGUCUAAACAUAUUUUAUAUAAUAAAACAUUCCAUAUAGCAUUUUUUAUUAAUUUCAUAUAAUUUUUAUUAUUCAUUGUUUCUCAAGGGAAAAUUUUCUCCCUAAUGUCUAUAGAAAGGUGCUCUCUAAUUAAAUAUGCACACAAGGAAAGAAAGAAGGAAAAGGGAAAGAUGGAAGGAAGAAAGCAAAACAAAACCAACAAAAAAAACCCACAGGAUAUUCAAUUCUUGUAAAUUAUUUUUUUAAAUAAGAAAAUUUAGAAGUUGYGAUGUAGCCAAGUAAGAUUUCAAGAGAGCUUUAAUCUCAAUAACAAGGCUAUUUUAACUUUCAAGUCAUUCUUAAUGUUUAACAGGAAAAGAAGCAAAGUAUAUUUUUUUCCUAGAAUUUUUGUGGGGAGUAAAAUAUCUGCUUUAUAGCUCUCAAAUGAGGGAAACAACAGCAGAAAUUCUUUGGCAUAUAUAACUAAGGCUGUUUCCCAGUAUCUUACAAAUAUCAUGCACUGUGUAAAAUGUGAAAUUAAAGCAAAAAUUGAAG